CGCCCCUUCCUGCGGCCGAGCUCGGGACCAGCCUCCCGCCUCGUCCGUAACUGGAGCCGAAACCGCGGAAUCGCCCCCUAGCCGGGGGCUCGUCCCGGGAAAAGGCUCCAUCUUCACAGUCGUGGAAGUCGCGAGACGCCCCGAGGGAGUGGCUGAGUGUCCCGGCCGGAGCCGGCCCUCCAGUCCCGCUUGUUGAAAGUCCUCACUAAUUUUCCCCGGGAGCCCGAGGGGAAACAUUGGGAGGAAUCGCUCCUUUGGGUAACCAGAGGUUUCCUUUAAAAAAAACAACAAAUAAACAAAAACCGUUUUAAAACAACAAUAAAUCCGGUGUAGUGUCAAGGCUGAUGUCGUUGCAGCUCCUGCAAGCUGUGGGGUCUGACUUUUGCUCCCACCCUGCAGUGUUGAGGCAUCAUGGCCCUGGAAGGCCCUGUCCUGCAGCAGCUGUGCAUGCUGUUUUUCCAGCUGUUUGUAACUCCAGGGCUGCUUAACAUACCUUAUUGCACUUGAUUUUGGCUUCUACUGGGAUGAACAUUAACAGAAAAUUUACAAACAAAGGACAAUUACCACUUGGUUGGAGAAUAAAGGACCCAAGACAACUGAAUCAAAAAGCUUGCAAGACAAGACGAGUAACAUGGAAGCCAAUCCCAAGAUGACUUCAGUUAAAAAAGAUCGCUUUUGUGAACAUGAUGUGAAAAAACUAGAGAAUGUUUGUCAGGAAGGUUAUCCAAGAUUAUCUGCAGAAGCAAGCACAAAACAUGUCAAUUUGCCUCAGACGGGCAAUGUAUGUAAGUGGGAGGCUGAGGAGACUCGUAGCGAUCAGCUCUCAGAAGAAGACCCUGUGAAAGGAACAUGGCCUGGAGACCAGUUUGAAAAUGCCAACAUUGAUCAAAUACACAAAACCAGCAAGCAGGCUCACAGAGCUUGUGAAGAAAAUAGUGACAAUUGGACUUACAGGAAAUUAUCAUCUGGGAAGAUAACAAACACAAAGCAUCCAUCAAAAGAUGAUGAGACAAAAGGGCUAGUGACUUCAUGUCACUCACAGAAGCUAAAGAGUUGCAAUCCUGUCCAUGUAGUCUAUGUAACUAAUGAGACGGAGGAGGAGGAUGUAGUUCCAGAAAGCCCACUCUCGGAUGCAGGUUGUGAUGCCUGUGUAUCUGAUAUUGGAGGACCUGGAAAACUGAACAAGUGCCAAAGUAGUUCUGGGGAUUCAACUGCUUUUGAGAGAGAAAGUGAACCUGAGUCACCAAUGGAUGUUGACAAUUCUAAGAACAGCUGCCAGGGAUCAGAGGCUGAUGAAGAAACAAGUCCCUUUCUUGAAGAGACAGAGGAUGUUGACAUGUCAAAAGCCACAAACAAAUUUUCCAGACUUACACGAGGAGAUGCUGAACUGGAAUUGAGAAAGUCACAGAUGUCUUCCAAGACUUAUGAAAGGGCUCUAUUUAGCCUCAAUUUUGAGGGAAUGGGCAACUCCAUCAAGGAGGAUGAAUUGUCCACAAAGUCAUCUGGGAUUUCUCCUACUCCAUCAUCAGAAUGCAAGUGUGCAAAACAGUGUGGGAAGAAGGACUCUAAAAUCACUGCUCAUUUCAUGAGGAUACCUAGGUCAGAGGAGAAAAGCUCCAGAGCUAGCAGGGCUGUGGGAAACAUGCAAAGCAGGAAAGAACAAUGUGAAUCCAAACCUCAAAGGCCAGUAAGGAAGAUUCCUGAAUAUACCCCACCUCAACUUCCACCUAAUAAGAAAUGGUUUGGGACUCCUAUUGAAGAGAUGAAGAGAAUGCCUGUGUGUGGAGCUCGUCUUCCCCAUUUGCGACCAUCAGCCAAUCAUACAGUCACCAUCAGAGUAGAUCUUUUGAGGGAAGGGGAGGUUCCUAAACCAUUCCCAACCCAUUAUAAAGAUUUGUGGGAUAACAAACAUGUUAAAAUGCCUUGUUCAGAACAAAACUUAUACCCUGUGGAGGAUGAGAAUGGUGAUAGGACUGCUGGAAGCCGAUGGGAAUUAAUUCAGACUGCUCUGCUUACCAAGUUCACCUGUUCACAUGAUUUGAAGGAGGCUAUACUGAGAUAUAAUGUUGCUUAUGCCAAGAAAUGGGACUUCACUGCUCUUAUUGACUUCUGUGAUAAGGUGCUUGAAGAUGCAGAAGCUCAGCAUUUGUUCCAGUCCAUCCUGCCUGAUAUGGUGAAGCUAGCACUCUGUCUCCCUACUAUCUGCACCCAGCCAAUACCUCUACUGAAACAAAAGAUGAAUCACUCCAUCACAAUGUCACAGGAGCAGGUUGCUAGCUUCCUAGCCAACGCUUUUUUCUGCACGUUUCCACGACGCAAUGCCAAGAUGAAAUCUGAGUAUUCUAGUUAUCCAGACAUUAACUUCAACAGGUUGUUUGAAGGACGGUCUCCCAGAAAACCUGAGAAACUUAAAACCCUUUUCUGCUACUUUAGAAGAGUCACGGAAAAAAAACCCACUGGUUUGGUGACAUUUACAAGGCAGAGUCUCCAAGAGUUUCCAGAUUGGGAAAGAUCUCAGAAAAAACUGUCCAGGCUACAUGUCACCUAUGAAGGCACUAUUGAAAGCAAUGGACGUGGUAUGCUGCAGGUUGAUUUUGCAAACCGUUUUGUUGGAGGUGGUGUCACUGGUGCAGGACUUGUACAGGAAGAAAUUCGCUUUUUAAUCAAUCCAGAAUUGAUUGUAUCUCGACUCAUCACUGAAGUUCUGGAUCACAAUGAAUGUCUUAUUGUUACAGGGACUGAACAGUAUAGUGAAUAUACAGGCUAUGCCGAAACAUACCGAUGGGCAAGAAGCCAUGAAGAUAAGACCCCAAGAGAUGAAUGGAAGAGGCGCUGCACUGAAAUUGUUGCUAUAGAUGCGUUUCAUUUCAGGCGUUUUCUUGAUCAGUUUUCUCCUGAGAAAAUUAAAAGAGAGCUCAACAAGGCCUACUGUGGUUUUGCUCGACCUAAUGUUCCCCCUCAGCACCUUUCAGCAAUAGCCACAGGAAACUGGGGCUGUGGAGCUUUUGGAGGUGAUGCCAAAUUAAAAGCCUUAAUACAGAUAUUGGCAGCUGCUGAAGCUGGGAGAGAUGUGGUUUACUUUACCUUUGGAGAUGCUGAGCUGAUGAGAGAUAUUUACAACAUGCACACUUUUCUCUGUGAGAAGAGCCAAACUGUUGGGGAUGUGUAUAGGCUCUUGCUUAGAUAUUAUAAUGAAGAAUGCAGAAGCUGCUCCACUUCAGGACCAGAUGGCAAGCUUUAUGCUUUCUUAUAUAACACCAUUGAAUCCUAUGCAGAUUCCACAGAUGAUGAGGAAAAGGAAGAAGAAAAAGGAUUGUGCUUUGAGGAUUAGAGUAAACAUUUAUGUUGAGGAUAUUUUUCCUUUUCGCCCUCUAAUAUAUUGUGUGACUUGCUGGAUGUAAUAUAUGGAUUGGCUUAACAUAGUAUCAAUGUAUAUAAUACUACAUUUGUAGUCCUAUAUGCCACCCUAUCCUAAAAAAAACAACUUUCAAACCAGAUUUUUUUUUUUUUGUGUCUGCAUUGUAAACCCUGAUCAUCUACCUACAGAAAUGAUUAGGUCAGUAAUACCCAUUUGCAUUUCUUCUUGGUCAUCUGUUGAUUUUGGUCUACACUUGCUACCCUUCAGACUCUACAGAUGCCAAGACUGACUUAAAAAUUGCAAGGGAUUUAUUUUUGCUCUCCCUUGCUUUUACUUUUCAAGAGAUUCUAUAAAUUAUAUGGAUUUCCUGUGCAAAGUGGUUGCUAUUAUACACAUAGCCAUGUGACUCACAAGGAUGAUGGAGCAAAGCUUUAUAAUUAUCCAUGUUGUUAGAGGUUCUAACAAAUCCAUUCCCUCCUUGGGAUUACCAGGGUUCUUCAGCUUGUUAUUCUUUAUCUUAAAAACUUCCUGUUCUUUAAAAUAAAAAGCGGAAGUCUAAGGACAGCAAGGAUUUGGGGGAAGCAAUAACAGCAUCGCCUAUACAUUCCAUUGUUUGACUUAGCAAUACCUGAGGAAAGCAGGAUAAGGAGACAAAGUGGGAAAUUAAAGUAAGGGCUAGAAUUAUAAGAAAAAAGAAACAGAAUUAAAAUGAGAGGAAACAGAGGGAACAUACUCCCGUUUUGUUUUUCUGGUUUUUUUUUGUUUUUUUUUUUCAAUUGUGAUAGGAGCCACCUAUUAUAACUAUGAACAGGGUCUUGAACGCAAUGCUGCAUUUGAAGUUAUUCAAGCCAAAAUUGCUUGCUGCAGGUAUAAAUAUACCUAUAUUUAUGUUAGAUACAUAGCUACAAAUCAACUGUCAUAUAAUAUCCCUUACUGAAAAUAUACACAGAAGUGCAUGUAGGUCACACAAAAUAUGCACACAAAGUAAAUAGAACUAGGAUCUUAUAUUUGCUUGGACAUUAUUGGGAGAGAGCUCUUUCCAUAUUACAAAAAAGAAAAUAUCCUAAAACAGCUGCUGCUGGUGAGAGCUAAAAUCUGUGUGCCUUUAUGAAGUACAGAAGGGUGUAUAUGUAAUACAGUGGAGGUAUGUAAAAGAAAGAAGUGUAAGAAUUAUACUACUACUAUCUCUGCAGACCCAAAUGAAUGUUGUUGUAGCAUAUUAAAGAAAUAUAUUAAUAAGUUCCAAAGAACUUCAGGUACAUAAAUGUAAUAUAGCACCACAGGGCAAAAUCCAUUGAUUUUGAUGGGUAUUUUGCCUCUAGUAAGCAAUCUACCGUUUAACCUCAAGUUAGAAGUAUAGCUGCUUAUAUGUUAGGUUUUUCUGGCCAGUUUUUCCUUAUCAUUGUUGCUCCUAAAUUAGCUCAAUAAAUAUCAACUAUGCUUGGAGAUGUUGUAUAGAUAGCAAAGUUUUGACAACCAACAUUUUGAGCACAAUAUCAGAUCUCUGAGCAGGGUCAGACAAUAUGGUACUUAAAUAUCAGUGGCUAUUCACAGUCAAGUCUACAGUAGAACACCUACAUAUAGUAGUGCAGAUAAUAACUUGUUCUAAUUUAUAUAUUUUUACCUGAAAGAUCUGAAGUUUAAUAGCUCCUGUGUCCUUAUUUCCAUAUUUGAUUUUUGGAAGGGAAAAGUUGCAGGGUACUUGCAGUGUAACAGCAAAUGCAGCUCGAAGAUUCUAAUUACUUCCUAAGAUUUGAAGCAAAACAGCAUGGCAGGGUUAUGGAAUUAACAAGAGCAUUAUAUUGCCAGCUUCUCUUUAAUUUAAGAACAAACUGCACAGGAUGCUGCAUCAAAGGCAAAAAGAAAAUGUUGGGUCAGUGUAAUAUUUGCUCUGCAUCUUGAUUUCUUGCCUUCUCCCUCCUUCCAAUCACCCCCAACCAUUUCUGAACUAUCUGGAGCACUCUGUCUAGCCAGAAAUCUAUUUUGGUGCUGCACUCAGAAUAAUGAGAAAUGGAGAGUACUGAUGGGCUAAUCAUGCAGUUUGCGAAGCUGGGAUUUCACUUAUCUAAAAAACUGUUUAUGGAAUACUCGGUGCUUUUAAUUCCUUUAAGGGUGUUUGUCAACUAAGUUCAAAUAAAAAAAUAAUUAAACUUCUUACCAAAACUAUUGUUUUAUACUGUGUUUUAGUGGCAAAACUGAAUGACAACAUGUAACAAUGGUUUGCAGUCUGUUACAUUGCAGUGUGGUCUCAUAAUCAAGUUAGGUGUCAGAAUAAUUUUGUUUCACUUUACAGCUCUUGCACCUAAAUUUCUCAGUUAUGAAUUGUUCUUAUCCAAUUAUGAAAACUCGUUGCUGUAUAUAUUAAUUUAUAAACUGUUGAAGUAUUCCUGAUGUGUUCUUAAAACAACAGUUCAUGCAUCUUUAUGUUGAUUUCUCUGGAUCUGUAUGCUAAUGUUUACAUACUUUUUGUAGGGAUACAAUAAAAAAAAUUCUGAUCAUA